UGGUGCUGUCUUGGAAUCCAAUACCUUUCCGUGAAGCUUCCCAGUCUCUUCAUCGUUUGCCCUCUUUAUAUGUGUUGUUGCAAAAACCAAAAACUCAACACUUGUUAUGUAUCAAUCUGCAACCUGUUUGAAUUCCAAAACGCUUCUGCUGCAGCAAAGAAGAAGAUUGUAAAAGUAAGCUGUCAAUUGAACAGCAGGACGGACACAUGGAUCAACAACAGCAGGGUGAUAAGAAUCUAAGAGUGUUCGUUGGACCCUGGGGAGGAAAUGGAGGAACCGCUUGGGACGACGGGAUCUAUCAUGGUGUCCGUGAGAUCAAGCUUGUAUAUGAUCACUGCAUUGACUCCAUCUCUCUGGUCUACGAUAAGAAUGGUAAAGCUGUGAGAUCAGAGAAGCAUGGAGGCCAGGGAGGCAACAAAACAACACAGAUAAAGCUGCAAUACCCAGAAGAGUAUCUGAUCGGCGUGAGUGGUUACUACUGUCCAGUAGUGCACAGUGGCACUCCUGUGAUCAGAUCAAUGACCUUCAAGAGCAAUAAACAAGUGUAUGGACCUUAUGGAGUUGAACAAGGAACACCUUUCAGUUUCUCAGUAAACGGAGGUCGUAUUGUUGGCAUGAACGGUAGAAGCAGCUGGUACCUUGAUUCCAUCGGCUUCCAUCUCUCACGCCCUAAAUCAACCAAGGUGAUCCAUAAGCUUCGAAAGAAGAUUCACUGGUUCACAAGAAUGGUUGCAUGACAAGGCCUUCUACAUAGAAUAGAAUA